GGCCCAACAACUUAGUUUUUAGAACGCAACCUCGGGCAAGACUGGACCUAAGGCGACACUCGACAAUUGAGAGUUGAGAGUUGACGAAGAAUUUGUUUUAGAGAGAAAAAAAAAUGGCAGUUCCAGGGCGCAGAAACGGGAUGAUGGAAGACGAAGACAACGACGUUGAAGAAGGUCUUUUCGAAGAAGAUGGUCUUGUCGUUGACGCAGACACUCCUCCUCAUCUUCGCAACCUCGCCGUCGCCUCUCAGUCCGGCGACCUCCCUGCUCUUCGCCUUGCUCUCGAUAACUUGGAUGGCAGCAUUGAUGAGCCGGUUGAAGAUGGAGAUACUGCUCUCCACCUUACCUGUUUGUAUGGUCAUUUGCCUUGUGUUCAGCUUCUUUUGGAAAGAGGAGCUUCCGUUGAGGCCAAAGAUGAAGAUGGAGCAAUUCCUUUGCAUGAUGCUUGUGCUGGGGGAUAUACUGAGAUAGUUCAACUUCUAAUUAGUAGAGCCUCUGAUCCAGAGUGUCUGAGAAGAAUGCUUGACACAAUGGAUGUCGAAGGUGACACUCCCCUUCAUCAUGCAGCGCGAGGUGAACAUUUGGAUGUAAUAAGAUUGCUGCUGGCUCAUGGAGCUUCUCUUUCUAAGAAGAACUUAUAUGAUAAAAUUCCAGCUGAACUAGCUGAACCAGAGACAGAAGCUAGGAGAUUUCUUGAAGCUGCAGCAAAUGCUAUAGCCUGCCAGUGAUCGCUGAUGAGUCCUUUGGAUUAGUAGUAACAUCUUGGUUUCGUUCCUUGUGUACUAGACAUGCUAGUUUGCUUAGUCACCCAACUAGAGCAGUCCGUAUAUUUUGGCGGAAUUUUUCGAAUGCGGUAUUUUUAGCAACAAGACAAUAGCAGAUCUUUUUGUUAUUGUCUAUGCCAAGAAAGAUUCCCAUUUUUCUA